CCUAUUCACCAAUGAUCCCUCCUAUGCUGUCCAUGAUAACCCUUCAGUAGCCCCUCCCCCGACCGCCAGCGCCACCAAACUGUUACCAUGUUUUCGGAACCCCAAAGUCCUCCUUCCCUCUUCACGGUGCGCCACUAUCUUUUCCCACUUCCUCGCCACUUCCUUCUGGCUCCUUCCCCUGGCCUCCUCUCAGCGAAUCACCGACCCCACCACUGGUGUGGCACCCAGCCAGGAGUACGCCCACUCCAUCCGAUUGGACGGCGACAUCAUCCUGGGUGGCCUGUUCCCGGUACACUCCCGUGGAGGCGGGGGUGUCCCCUGCGGGGAACUCAAGAAGGAGAAAGGGAUCCAUCGUCUGGAGGCCAUGAUGUUUGCUAUCGACCUGAUCAACAAGGACCCGGAACUCCUCCCCAACAUCACCCUGGGGGCGCGUAUCCUGGACACGUGCUCCAGAGACACCUACGCCUUGGAACAGUCGCUCACCUUCGUCCAGGCCCUCAUCGAGAAAGACGGCUCGGACGUGCGCUGCGCCAACGGCGACCCGCCCAUCUUUGCCAAGCCCGAUAAGAUUGUGGGUGUCAUCGGGGCGGCGGCCAGCUCUGUGUCCAUCAUGGUGGCCAACAUACUAAGGCUGUUUAAGAUACCUCAGAUCAGCUAUGCGUCCACGGCCCCAGAGCUGAGUGACAACACCAGGUACGACUUCUUCUCCCGCGUUGUCCCUCCUGACUCCUACCAGGCUCAGGCCAUGAUGGACAUCGUCACGGCCCUGGGGUGGAACUACGUGUCCACGCUCGCCUCCGAGGGGAACUACGGGGAGAGCGGCGUCGAGGCCUUUGUCCAGAUCUCCCGGGAGAUGGGCGGGGUGUGUAUAGCCCAGUCCCUGAAGAUCCCACGGGAACCCAAGCCGGGGGAGUUUGAUAAGAUCGUCAUGCGUCUGCUGGAGACGUCCAAUGCCAGGGCGGUCAUCAUGUUCGCCAACGAGGACGACAUACGGCGUAUCCUGGACGCGGCCAAGCGCAACAACCAGACGGGUCACUUCCUGUGGGUGGCGUCGGACAGCUGGGGCUCCAAGAUCUCUCCUGUAAUUGGCCAGGAGAAGGUGGCAGAGGGAGCGGUCACCAUUAUGCCCAAACGAGCCUCGGUGGAUGCGUUUGACCGGUACUUCCGGAGCCGAUCUCUGUCAAAUAAUAGGAGGAACGUGUGGUUCGCUGAGUUCUGGGAGGAGAACUUUGGCUGCAAGCUGGGGAUGCAUGGCAAGCGCCCAGGAAGCCCGAAGAAAUGCACAGGUCUGGAGAAGGUUGGUCGCGACUCAGGCUACGAGCAGGAAGGGAAGGUGCAGUUUGUGAUGGAUGCAGUUUACGCCAUGGCCCACGCCUUGCACAGGAUGCAUCGCGAGCUCUGCUAUGGAUACCCGGGCCUGUGUCCAAAGAUGGCCAACAUCGACGGCAAGGAGCUGCUCAGCCACAUCCGGGCCGUUAACUUUAAUGGAAGUGCCGGCACUCCGGUGGUGUUCAAUGAAAAUGGCGAUGCCCCUGGACGCUACGACAUCUUCCAAUACCAGAGCAACCGAACCACCAGAGGAUACAGGGUGAUUGGCACUUGGACCAACAAACUGGACAUAAAAAUGGGACUCAUGCAGUGGCGGGCUAGCGAUCGGUCGUUGCCGGCAUCCGUGUGCAGCGUGCCCUGCCGGAUGGGCGAGCGGAAGAAGAUCGUGAAGGGCGUGCCGUGCUGCUGGCACUGCGAGCGCUGCGAGGGCUAUCACUUCCAGGCCAGCGAGUUCAGCUGCGAGCUCUGCCCCUACGAGCAGCGCCCCGACGCCAACCGCACGGGAUGCCAGGACAUCCCUAUCAUCAAGCUGGAGUGGCACUCACCGUGGGCCGUAAUCCCUGUCUUCAUCUCCAUGCUGGGCAUCGUCGCCACCACCUUCGUCAUCGUCACCUUCGUCCGCCACAAUGACACGCCCAUCGUCAGGGCGUCGGGCCGUGAGAUGAGCUACGUGCUGCUGACGGGCAUCUUCCUAUGCUACGCCAUCACCUUCCUGAUGAUCGCGGCGCCAGACGUGGGCGUGUGCUCCUUCCGGAGGAUCUUCCUGGGUUUAGGGAUGUGUUUCAGCUACGCCGCGCUGCUCACCAAGACCAACCGCAUCCAUCGUAUCUUUGAGCAAGGGAAGAAGUCGGUCACCGCCCCUAGGUUCAUCUCCCCGGCCUCCCAGCUGGUGAUAACCUUCUCCCUGAUCUCAGUGCAGCUCCUGGGGGUCUUCGUGUGGUUCGUGGUGGACCCACCGCACACUUUCGUGGACUACGGCGAACAGCGGACCCAGGAUCCGGCGGCGGCCCGAGGCGUCCUGAAGUGUGACAUCUCCGACCUGUCUCUUAUCUGCUCGCUGGGUUACUCCAUUCUACUGAUGGUCACAUGCACUGUUUACGCCAUCAAGACCCGGGGAGUUCCCGAGACCUUCAAUGAGGCAAAGCCUAUUGGAUUUACUAUGUACACUACCUGUAUCAUCUGGCUGGCCUUCAUUCCCAUCUUCUUUGGGACGGCGCAGUCGGCAGAGAGGAUGUACAUCCAGACCACCACCCUGACCAUCUCCCUGUCCCUCAGUGCCUCCGUCUCCCUGGGGAUGCUCUACAUGCCCAAGGUCUAUGUCAUCAUCUUCCACCCAGAGCAGAACGUCCCAAAGCGCAAGCGCAGCUUUAAAGCCAUUGUCACCGCCGCCACCAUGUCGGGAAAGCUGCAGAAGGGCGGUGACCGGCCCAAUGGGGAGGUCAAGACGGAGCUUUGUGAAAGCAUGGAGACCAACACUUCAUCAACUAAGACGACAUAUGUCAGCUACAGCAAUCAUGCCAUCUGAACAUCCGAUCUGAACAAAAAGGAGUCUCCAGGGGCGAGAACUGCCAAGCGGAAGAGAGGAGCUGUCACUCACUCAGACAGACAAAUGUCUAGACUGACAGAUGUACAGAUGGACAGAAAGACGAACGGAGCUCCCACCGCCACUGGUAAACAAGCAUGAGACAUUUUCUAUUGUUCUGACUACAUCAAACCUACGAUCGCUACCAGAGAGGCGGGCCCACACAGACCAACCACCAAUCAGCGGGCCCGGUAUUGUCUCCUCCAGCAAAUCACUGCAAAACGGUCCUGCCAUGAACUUUGAACUAAACCUUGAAAAAAAAGACUAACCGGUUUUAAAAAAUAUAAUAACCGUAGGCCCUGUGGUCCAGACAAAUAAAACGGACUGUGAAAAACGACAAAAAAAAUUACAAAACAUAACAGUGUUAACGUUAAACAUAAGGAAGAUGUAUGUGGGAGAUAAAAGACAUUUAAGGAGUUUAAAAAAUAUAUAUAUAAAUGAGAAAAUAGAAGAAACUACAAGACUCGACCAUGAUGUUUGUUGUUACUCUGUUAGUAUUUUUGUGGUUGUGUAAAUCUUUUCCUUAUUCUUGUCCCAGCUGUUGUGCGAACUUGCAUACUGAGAAAGUGUGUCUCUUGUAUCGAUUGGCUAACUGGAUGGUGGCCCUGGGUUGUUACUGUAAAUGCCAUGGUUGAAGCAUGCCCGUUUUUAUACAAAUGAUUUAUUUAUAAUAAAGGAAUGUUUUGCAAAUGUG